AUGACUGGCUGGAAGAAGAAUGGGAGGAGCGAGGAGGGUCGCGCCUCGGUGGAAUUUACGCCAGUUCAGGUGCAAGUUCAUCCUAAACUUUCCUCUACUGAAGAUGCAUUACAGUAUGUGGAGGAGUUAAUUCUCCAGUUGUUAAAUAUGUUGUGUCAAGCCCAACCAAGAAGUUUUCUGGAUGUAGAGGAUCGCGUUCAAAAAAGUUUUCCCCAUCCUAUUGAUAAGUGGGCAAUAGCUGAUGCCCAGUCUGCUAUUGAAAAGAGGAAACGAAGAAAUCCGUUAUCUCUCCCAGUAGAAAAAAUCCAUCCCUUAUUAAAGGAAGUUCUAGGCUACAAAAUUGACCAUCAAAUGUCUGUUUACAUAGUGGCAGUAUUAGAAUACAUUUCUGCAGACAUCUUAAAAUUGGUUGGGAAUUAUGUGCGGAAUAUAAGGCAUUAUGAGAUCACAAAACAAGAUAUUAAAGUGGCAAUGUGUGCUGAUAAGGUAUUAAUGGAUAUGUUCCAUCAAGAUGUAGAGGAUUUAAGUGCACUAACUUUAUCUGAUGAGGAACCCUCCACCUCAGGGGAGCAAACCUAUUAUGACCUAGUGAAGUCAUUUAUGGCAGAGGUUCGACAAUAUAUAAGGGAACUAAAUCUCAUUAUCAGAGUUUUUAGAGAGCCGUACGCCUCCAACUCCAAACUGUUUUCAUCUCAUGAUGUUGAAAAUAUAUUUAGUCGUAUAUCGGACAUUCAUGAACUUAGUGUGAAGUUAUUGGGUCAUAUAGAAGACACUGUUGAAAUGACAGAUGAAGGUAGUCCUCAUCCGCUAGUAGGCAGCUGUUUUGAAGACAUGGCGGAGGAGCUAGCAUUUGAUCCAUAUGAAUCAUAUGCACAAGACAUUUUGCGACCUGGUUUUCAUGAUCAUUUUCUAAGUCAGUUGUCAAAGCCAGGAGCAGCAUUUUACUUACAGUCAAUAGGUGAAGGCUUUAAAGAAGCUGUUCAGUAUGUUCUACCCCGGCUGCUCCUUGCCCCUGUUUACCACUGUCUUCAUUAUUUCGAACUGCUAAAACAAUUGGAAGAAAAAAGCGAGGAUGAAGAGGAUAAAGAGUGCUUAAAGCAAGCCAUAACUGCCCUGCUGAAUCUUCAAAGCAGUAUGGAACGGAUAUGCUCCAAAAGUCUUGCAAAACGACGGCUUAGUGAGUCUGCAUGCCGAUUCUACACUCAGCAGAUGAAGGGGAAACAGCUAGCAAUUAAGAAAAUGAACGAAAUCCAGAAAAAUAUUGAUGGUUGGGAGGGUAAGGACAUUGGACAAUGCUGUAACGAGUUCAUCAUGGAAGGAACGCUCACACGUGUAGGAGCUAAGCACGAGAGACACAUAUUUCUCUUUGAUGGCUUGAUGAUUUGCUGCAAGUCAAAUCAUGGCCAACCAAGACUUCCUGGUGCUAGCAACGCAGAAUAUCGUCUCAAAGAGAAGUUCUUCAUGCGAAAGGUACAAAUCAACGAUAAAGAUGACACUAAUGAGUACAGACAUGCUUUCGAAAUCAUCUUAAAAGAUGAGAACAGUGUUAUUUUUGCUGCUAAAUCAGCUGAAGAGAAAAACAACUGGAUGGCAGCAUUGAUAUCUUUGCAAUACAGAAGCACGCUGGAAAGGAUGUUGGAUGUAACGAUGUUGCAGGAGGAAAAAGAGGAGCAGAUGAGAUUUCCAAAUCCUGAGCUUUAUAGAUUUGCAGAACCCGACUCGGAAGAGAAUAUUGUGUUUGAAGAAAACAUGCAGCCCAAAUCUGGAAUCCCCAUCAUCAAGGCAGGAACUGUUGUCAAGCUCAUCGAGAGGCUGACGUACCACAUGUAUGCAGAUCCCAACUUUGUUCGGACUUUUCUCACAACAUAUAGAUCCUUCUGUAAACCUCAAGAGUUGCUGAGUCUCCUAAUAGAAAGAUUUGAAAUUCCGGAGCCUGAGCCAACGGAAGCUGAUCGUAUUGCUAUGGAGAACGGAGACCAGCCUCUUAGUGCAGAAUUAAAAAGAUUUAGGAAAGAGUACAUUCAGCCUGUGCAGCUACGAGUAUUAAAUGUGUGUCGACACUGGGUAGAACACCACUUCUAUGACUUUGAAAGAGAUGCUGAUCUUCUGCAACGUUUGGAGGAAUUCAUUGGAACAGUAAGAGGCAAAGCGAUGAAGAAAUGGGUUGAAUCAAUCACAAAGAUAAUCAACCGGAAAAAGCAGGCGCAAGCCAUUGGGCCGAGUCACAACAUUACUUUUGAGAGCCCACCUCCUGCGAUUGAAUGGCACAUAAGCAAACCGGGACACACAGAGACUUUUGACUUGCUCACUUUGCAUCCAAUAGAAAUUGCUCGGCAGCUCACUUUACUUGAGUCAGAUUUUUACAGGGCUGUGCAGCCAUCUGAACUAGUUGGAAGCGUGUGGACAAAGGAAGAUAAAGAAAUUAAUUCUCCCAACCUUCUCAAAAUGAUAAGGCAUACAACUAACCUCACUUUGUGGUUUGAAAAAUGCAUUGUAGAAACAGAAAACCUAGAGGAAAGAGUAAUUGUAGUCAGCCGGAUAAUUGAGAUCCUGCAAGUUUUCCAAGAGCUAAACAACUUUAAUGGUGUCCUUGAGAUUGUCAGUGCUAUGAACUCCGCAGCAGUGUAUAGGUUGGAUCACACAUUUGAGCAAAUUCCAAGUCGCCAGAAGAAGAUUUUAGAAGAAGCUUAUGAGCUGAGUGAGGAUCAUUAUAAGAAAUACUUGGCAAAACUCAGGUCCAUUAAUCCUCCUUGUGUGCCUUUUUUUGGGAUUUACUUAACUAACAUCUUGAAAACAGAAGAAGGCAACCCUGAAUUUCUAAAGCGACAUGGGAAAGAACUUAUAAACUUCAGCAAGAGAAGAAAGGUAGCUGAGAUAACAGGAGAGAUACAGCAGUACCAGAACCAGCCGUAUUGUUUGAGAGUAGAAUUUGACAUCAGGAGGUUUUUUGAAAACCUGAAUCCAAUGGGAAACAGCAUGGAGACCGAAUUUACAGAUUAUCUGUUCAACAAGUCACUAGAGAUAGAGCCACGAAAUGUCAAGCCUCCACCAAGAUUUCCCAAAAAGUACAGCUACCCUCUCAAGUCCCCAGGUGUUCGUCCCUCUAAUCCGAGGCCGGGUACCAUGAGACACCCUACGCCGCUGCAACAGGAGCCAAGGAAAAUUAGCUACAGCCGCAUCCCAGAGAGCGAGACUGAAACUACAGCGUCCGCACCAAACUCUCCCCGCACACCUUUGACCCCUCCUCCUGCUUCUGCUACUUCAAGUAACACAGAUGCCUGCAGUGUGUUUGACUCGGAUCCUUCAAGUCCAUUUCAUGCGAGAUCUGCUUCUGUGUCAUCCAUAAACUUCACCAAAAAUUCAGAUGAAGCUCAUGUCCCCCCUCCAGUUCCUCCACGAAGACGACCAGAGUCUGCCCCAGCUGAAUCCUCCCCAUCAAAAAUUACUUCUGCGCACUUGGACAGCCCACCAGCAAUCCCUCCUAGGCAACCAACCUCUAAAGUGUAUUCGCCAAGGUACUCGGUGCCUGACCGGACCUGCAUCUCUGACCCCCCUGAAAGCCCUCCUGUGUUACCACCACGAGAACCUGUGCGAACUCCAGAUGUUUUCUCUAGCUCACCACUACACCUCCAACCUCCACCACUGGGGAGAAAAAGCGAACUUGGUAACACCUUUUUCCCAAACAGCCCGUCUCCAUUUACUCCCCCUCCCCCUCAGACACCUUCUCCACAUGUAGCACGGAGGCAUCUUCCAUCACCACCUUUGAUACCGCAAGAUGUGGACCUCCACUCUGUUGCUGGACCACCUGUUCCUCCACGACAAAGCACUUCUCAACAUAUCCCAAAGCUUCCGCCAAAAACUUACAAAAGGGAGCACACACACCCAUCGAUGCAUCGAGACGGACCACCGUUGCUGGAGAAUGCCCAUUCCUCCUGAACUAUCCCUUGCGCUGGGAGUCGCAUUUUCCUGGUGCUACGUCUGUUGCUGGCAAUGGAUGCAUGGAAACUGGUGGUGCCAAGGGGUUGGGAUGUGUAUGCCAAACACUAAAAACUCUCCGAUAGAUUGGAAAUGCAGUGUACAGAAACGGAAUUGCAAAAACAGACAUUCUAGUGGAAAAACUGGUUAACUUGCUAUUCUUGUUUUAGUAUGCAGGAUAUGGUUCUAAAGUAAUUGGACAACUGAUUGUACCCGAAAACAGACUUGAGGGACUUCUUUGGCCGAUGAGCAGAGACUGUGUUUGUGUAAUGAUCAAUAAUGUCCAGUACAGGAGGGAAAACAGUCUUGUAUCCAUCAGUUCCACACAAUGGCACAGUUUUUGGAAUGAAAACAUUAUGCACUUUUUUAAAAUCUCGAACAGGGAACUUUAUAUCCUUCUUAAUUUUCCUUUGCUUUACUCCCUGCUUUAAAAUACCUUCCU